AUGACGUUAUCAGGCAUACCCGGAAGUGCUGCUGGGAGAUCAGCCCAGGGUCUUGUGGGGUGCUUUCUCGAGCUCUGGGGUUGUCUCCGCGGGAGGGCGGUCGCGGAACCCGGUCCAUCCCGGGGAACGUCGCAGUCCGAACCAGCUUCCUUCUCCGCUGCAUUCGGAAGCGGUCGUUGCCAUGACAACCCAGGCAGGUUUGGUGGCGAACCGAGGCCGGCGUUUCAAAUGGGCCAUUGAGCUGAGCGGGCCGGGAGGUGGCAGCAGAGGCCGAAGUGACCGGGGAGGUGGUCAGGGAGAUUCCAUGUAUCCAGUGGGUUACUUGGACAAGCAAGUACCUGAUACCAGCGUACAGGAGACAGACCGGAUCCUGGUUGAAAAGCGUUGCUGGGACAUUGCUCUGGGUCCCCUCAAACAGAUCCCCAUGAACCUUUUUAUCAUGUAUAUGGCAGGCAACACUAUUUCCAUCUUUCCUACUAUGAUGGUGUGUAUGAUGGCUUGGCGGCCCAUUCAAGCACUUAUGGCCAUUUCAGCCACUUUCAAGAUGCUGGAGAGUUCAAGCCAGAAGUUCCUCCAGGGCUUGGUUUAUCUCAUUGGAAACCUCAUGGGGUUGGCUUUAGCUGUCUAUAAGUGCCAGUCAAUGGGGUUGCUGCCCACACAUGCAUCAGACUGGUUGGCUUUCAUUGAACCCCCUGAGAGAAUGGAGUUCAGUGGUGGUGGGCUACUGUUAUGAUCAGGGGAAAACAUGAACUGGCACCUUGGAUCCCAUUUGAUUUUUGUCACUUGUCCCUUCUCAGUAGCACCUCAGUCCAUUCUGCUUUGCAAGUCUCCUGUCAGCAUUGGAGACUUUGGCAAUUUCUUUUAUCAAAGGUAAAAAGAAACAGCUUAUAGGGCAAAAGUUCUAUAGAGUAACUAACAAUAAAGAAAAACUACAGUGAUCCUUCUGGCUGAAAAUAAUGUAAAAAACUUUAUUUAUGUUUCCAAUACAGAGCAAAAACAACAAUCAAAACCAUAAUUCCAUGUAAACAAAAGAGUGGCUGCUUCUGCCUCUCCUUUCAAUAAAUUAAACUGUUCAGAAUGACUCUUGGAAAAGAAAACAAA